AUGGAGAUAAACUCAAGUGUGAUUUUUGCAGUCUAUUGCAGGCGGAGUCUGGAAGAAAAAUCUCAGGUAACACCGAAGAUCAUUUUAGAGAGCAAGGACACUCUUGAGGAGAUGAUCAUUACAAAGCCAUUAAUGGUAUUAGGUGAAUCAACAGUUCCAGAUUUGGAACGAAUCCCGGAAUUGGAAAGACGACGUCUUUUAGCAAUCACUCUGGUCUGGAUCAUUGUAACCUUAGGAUUGAAGUUAGAGGGUAAAUCCCGGAACUACCAAGCUGCAUCCUUGGCACACUUGUUCAUUAUGAACAAUGUUCACUACAUUGUCCGAUGUAUUCAGCAAUCCGGAGAAUUAACUGAGAUGAUUGGAGACAAAUAUCUGCUGCAAGUUAAAAGGAAAAUAUUCAGCAGGUGCAUUCGCAGAAAUGUGCGGCGACUUGUUUUCUCGUCUGUCAUGCGGAAGUUGGACCAGCCCUCAUCUGAGGCGCUGAGAAAUUUCCUUACAGCUUCAAAUUCAAACUCUCGUGAUUUGUCGAGCCCAACGGAACCCGUUUACCAGAAAAUUCAUCUCGGCCUUGGUUAUGAUGGGACCAAGUCGCCCGACGCUAGCUCCCCUGAUCAAACUCCUGCUGAAGCAAAUGAAGCUAUGGAAAUUGCAGUGGAUCGGCUCAAGAACGAUUUCCAAGACAUAUUGCAUCUGCAGGUCAAAGGGGUUGCUGCUGCCCUCACUGAUCCCAGCUCCACCACUGACUCGACUUGUUCAUUUAGCCUUUGCCUGUCGGCUCUGGAGGAGAGUAGUUAUUCAGGGUACCAUGGUCCAAGUCCGAAAGAAAUUGCCCAUCUCAGAUCAAUUGCCCAGAAGAUGAAUGCAAAAGGGCAUCUUGAUAAGUUGGUCCGUGUGUAUGUCACUGAAAGGAAGUCUUUCAUGUAUGCACAUUUCCGAAAGCUUUGGGGUGAGAAGUCUGGAAUCUGUGAUGUCCGGAGGCUGGAGUGGGGAGUUCUAGAGGCGAAAAUAAUGCGCUGGAUUCGAGCAGUGCAUUGUUGCCUCCGGGGGAUUCUCCCAUUUGAGAAGCAGCUUUCAAAUCAUGUUUUUAGAGGUAUUGGUAAUGAUGCUAUUGGUGAGUCUUGCUUUUUUGCGAUUGUUACGGAUUAUGUAGCCGAAUUACUUGAUUUUGCUGAUGCUCUUAGCUCCUGUCGUCCAUCACCUGAGAAGUUACAAGAGAUUUUAGCCCUUUAUAGAAGUUUUUCUUGUUUUAGGUCAGAUAUUAACUCUGUGUUUGAGUCAGAAGCUGGCCAGACCAUUCGUGUUCGUACUGAUUGUAUUCUGUCCAGGCUUGGUGGUGAAGUGGUGAGCCCUGCUCUUUCAGAUUUUGAGGAAACACUGCUUCGCGAGCUGUGUAAUUAUCCCAUUCCUGGAGGGGCAAUUCACCGCUCGACCGAGUAUGUGAUGGGAUACGUGACGAGUCUGGUUUCAGAAAGUAAGGAAACUCUGACGGAGUUAAUAACUUCCAAGCCUUCAACGACCAUAGGAAAUCUAAUGAUCUCAGAUUUGGAUGUCAAGGAAUUGGAAGGGCGCGCUCCUUUGGCAGCACAUUUUUUGUGGAUUAUUAUCGUGUUACAUCUCAAUUUGGAGCGUAGGUCCAAGUGUUACCAAGAUUCCUUGUUGGCAAAUUUGUUCAUGAUGAACAAUGUUCACUACAUCGUCCAGCAAAUUAGAAGGUCUGCAGCAUUGACAGAGAUGAUUGGGGACAAUUAUAUCAACAAGCUUACUGAAAAUGUGCAGGGUUCAAUGACUAAUUAUGUGAGUGGAACUUGGGAUGUGCUUGUGUACUGUUUGAGACAUGAGGGACUGAAUGGCAGCUGGGGUUUCACUGUCGGUUCUGGUGUGUCAAGGAAAGCUCUAAAAUUAAGAUUCAAGAACUUCAAUACACUCUUUAAAGAAACACAUCGGACGCAAAUGAUGUGGGAAGUACCGGACCUUGAGCUCCGAACGAAGCUUCACCAGUCUAUUCUAGAUAAGCUGAUUCCUCCGUAUAGGAAUUUUCUCGGGAAAUUCAGGAGCCUAAUAGACAGGGGAAAGCAACCAGGAAAGUAUAUCAUGUACUCUGCUGAGCAAUUGGAGGCUAAGAUUGGCAAGGAGGCAGGCAGUGCAUUGCAUGUUGGAUGGGAUCAGAACAUAGAACGACAAGGACAAGGACCGUUUUAUUUUUCUUCAGCAUUUACAAGUUCAUUCCAUUCAAUUGAAGAAGCUAACUGUAUGUCCAUUCUGUCGUCUGUGUCUGUAUAG